AGAUGUAAAUAUUUUCAUGACGUAAAGAGACAAUCUCUGUACCCAUCCUCUCUACUGUCGUCCACCUCUAAAAAUACUCAGUUUCUCCCUGAGUAAUCUGUUCUUCGAAACAACCUUCAUCCUGCCUGUCAGAAGACCAUGCGAGGUUGUCGUUGACUGCAUUCUGUCUUUAUUUAUUUAUUUAUUUAUUGUAAAGCAAACAGCGAUUGGUAGGGUGUGAUAGGCUAUUCAUAGCUUAUGCAUCAUUGCUCUGUCGGCGAGUGAGUUGGUGUAGUCCGCGGAUCAGAUUGCUCCUGUUUGAAUUUUUCUUUUCACUGCCGAGAAGCCAGCUAUUAGGAUUCAUCAUGCAAAAAAGGAGGAAGCCAGAGCCGAUCCAGCUGAACCCAAUUCCAGAUGGGAACGCUAUAAACGGAACCGGGGCCACAGAAACAAAUCUGGAAGCUCUGCAGAAGAAACUGGAAGAACUGGAGCUGGAUGAGCAGCAGAAGAAACGCCUGGAAGCUUUCCUUACCCAGAAGCAGAAGGUCGGAGAGUUAAAAGAUGAUGACUUUGAGAAGAUUUGUGAGUUGGGUGCAGGCAACGGAGGAGUGGUCUUCAAGGUCUUACACAGACCCUCAGGCUUCAUCAUGGCUAGGAAGUUGAUCCACCUAGAGAUCAAGCCAGCAAUAAGGAAUCAGAUCAUCAGAGAGCUGCAGGUGCUGCAUGAGUGUAACUCUCCCUACAUAGUGGGCUUCUAUGGAGCUUUCUACAGUGAUGGAGAGAUCAGCAUCUGUAUGGAGAACAUGGAUGGCGGCUCGCUGGACCAGUGCCUGAAGAAAGCAGGCAAGAUCCCAGAACAAAUACUGGGCAAAGUUAGCAUUGCGGUGAUAAAAGGCCUGUCCUAUCUGAGGGAGAAACACAAGAUUAUGCACAGAGACGUGAAGCCAUCUAACAUACUGGUGAACUCGCGUGGUGAGAUCAAGCUGUGUGACUUUGGUGUGAGUGGACAGCUCAUUGACUCCAUGGCCAAUUCAUUCGUGGGCACCAGGUCCUACAUGUCUCCCGAACGCCUUCAAGGGACUCACUACUCUGUCCAGUCUGACAUAUGGAGCAUGGGUCUCUCUCUGGUGGAGAUGGCUAUUGGACGCUUCCCUAUCCCACCACCUGAUGCCAAAGAGCUGGAGCAAAUCUUUGGUCAGCCCCUUGAGGGGGACCCCUCGGCCAGCGACUCCUCCCCUAAACCCAGGCCUCCUGGUCGACCCGGCAGCUCAUACGGUCCAGACAGCAGACCACCCAUGGCUAUAUUUGAGCUGCUUGACUAUAUUGUCAAUGAACCACCUCCCAAGCUACCAAGCAUCUUUGGUGCAGAAUUUCAAGAGUUUGUUAACAAAUGUUUAAUCAAAAAUCCAGCAGAAAGAGCAGACCUCAAGCAACUGAUGGUCCAUCCCUUCAUAAAGAACUCAGAGGCAGAGGAGGUUGACUUUGCUGGUUGGUUAUGCAGCACCAUUGGGCUAAACCAGCCAGCAACUCCAACUCACAGCGUGGGAAUGUGAGAGCAGCCAUCUUUUUCUACGCCAGCCAUUUAGUGUUUCCGCACCUGCAACAUCUCCAGUUCCACCCUACCAGGCAGUCCAGAGGCCAACAGCAAACUACUGCCCUCUUGAACACACUCCUCUUUAUUUUAGAUGUUGUCUUGGGUAUUAAUGAGCAUACCGCUGUAAUUAACAAUGCAUUACGGCUCCAAUAGGUUGCUUGAAAUUUGUUCUGCCAAAUAUUGGUUGUUAAAUGCUGAUAGCAUUCAUAAGACCAGUAUUGCAAAAAUGUAUUUUAUUUUUUCUUACUACAAAAUUUAAAGUUAAUUGCAAAAGCUAUCAAAGGCUGAAGUUACACUGCAAAAACUUAAAUGCUAUGGAUCCGUCUAAAUGUUAACUUGCUGUAAUCAUGUUAUACUUUUUAAACUCUUAAUUUCAAGGUUUAUGACUGCACUAUCAGCUACCCCUGACGUGGUUACAUUAUUUCAUUGUAACGUUUUGUGUUCUGCUUUAUUUCAGUGGUGAAUUUGCAGCCUUUAACUCACAAAGUGAGAGAAAAUCAGUCAUAACUUAUACAAACUUGUAUAUUAUAAUAAAAGAUUUAUUUAACAGAUGACAACUGAUGGAAUGUGCCAGUGCUUAAGUUGUAUGCAGUGUAUUAAAAAGGACAGCUUUAUCAGAA